UACGCGUAAAAAACCAAACUUGAGGAGAGCCGUCGUAACCUUUUGCCAGAACUCUCCAGUUUCCUUCUGUCGGUGGCGUCCCUUGUGGCUAACGCCAAUGGAGUUCAAGUGGAGACAUCGAUUAACCGUGUGGCUUCUUUACACAAUUUUGAUGCUAAACGGAGUCAGAUCGUGGACCGGUGAAAUCCACGGCAGAGUAGUUUGCGAUGUGUGCGCCGACUCUUCUAUUGGACCCGAAGAUCAUGUUUUAACAGGUGCGGAGGUGGCUGUGCUCUGCAUAACAAAGUCGGGCGAGGUUCUAAACUAUCAGGCAUUCACAAAUUCAAAUGGCAUAUAUACUGUGGCUGAGACAAUGCCCGAGAGUGAACGUUGGGACGCCUGUCUAGCCAGACCUAUCAGCAGCUUCAACAGCCACUGCACACAUCUCGGGGACGGAAGUUCAGGUGUUAAGUUCGGUUACAAUCAUCCCUCGGGAUAUUCUUAUGCUGUCCGACCUUUCGUCUAUCGACCAGCCAUUGCUCCGGCGUACUGCAUGUAGAGAGUAAGUAGUAAUCUUACUCAACGGCAACUGCUAUAUGUUAUACGAAAAUUAUGCGUGGAAUGUUAAUACGUUUAAAAGAUGGUUUCGAGAUAGAUAGAGUUGUCGUUUCAGGUCCGCCAGCUUAUUCAAGCUUUGAGUGAAAAGAUACAUUAGCGAAAAGAAUAAUGCUAUAAAAUAAUUUUAAGUUUUA